GCCCGGCACAGAGACGCACAGGGUGACUGGCGCCGCCCGUGGGACCUGGACAAGGCCAAACCCACGCUACAAGACCACAGCAAGUCCAUUGACAAGGGCCCAGCUGGGGGCAGCAGAAGGGGUCCCAGGACCCACCGGAAGCUACACCCUCCACCAUUGUCCCCUGAUGGAAAAGGUCAUGGUGGACAGCCUGGCAGACCCUCAGUGGUGCCGGUCACAGGCAGUAAAGCCCAGGGAAAGGAGAGGCUGACUGGCAGGGCCCGAAGGUGGGACCUGAAGGAAGACAAGGAAGAGCUGCAGAGUCAUGAGGGAAGCCAGAGCCCCACAAACACUCCCAGUGCCGAGGAAGAACAUGGGCAGAAGCAAAGAGAGACGGACCCAGGAAGACCAGAGAUGACCCCAGUCACCAAACCAGUCCUGGCAUCCCCAGAAGGGCUAAGAGAGGAGUCAGGAGCCUCAACAGCCAGUUCAGCCCCUGACUCUCCACAGAAACCUGACUUGGUGCCCCUUGACCUGUCUCUAGGAGGAGCCAGCAGCUCUAGGCCUAGAGAGAGUAUGUGUGUGCUCAGUCCAAGGCCUGGGGCCCAGGAAAGUCCGGUGUCCUGGCCAGAUGGUUCGGAGCAGCAGCCCCUGAGGUGGAAUGAUCACCAGUUUGGUCUGGAAGUCCAGACUUGUGCUGAGCCACAGAGAGAAGCAGGGGCCUCAGAGCCCAGAAAGGACAGGGAUGGCAAGGCAGGGGCCCAGCAGAGUCUGGCACCAAGAAGCAGGCACCACAGAGGAACAGGCCAAAGGGUGAGAGGCACAGGUGUGAGGAGCAGGACAGGGGGUCCUGGUCCUGCAGGAAGGUGCUGAGCCAAGCUAUGGCAGCUAGGGAGAGAGGCUGGGCAAAAGAAGGGGGAGAACUGCCAAGCAUCUUCUGUGUGAUUGGUGUCUGGUUACUGGUGAUUUGUGCCGUCUGGCUGAGCAAUGUGGCAAACUCUCCGGCAGGGCUACCUUAUGAAGACAAGAAGUGACUCUUUUCCUACACUCCUGUGCCCAUCCCUGUGCCCAUGAGGGUUUUCAUGUGCAGAAAUGGCCUUGGUUUUCUGCCAGGCUGGUAUCCCUGACUUGGGCCUACUGCUGCUCAGGGCGAGAACAAGACUUGACCCAGCACCUGAAUCUUUUCCUCUCCAUCAGCUCUCAAUGCCAGGCUCCCUCUCCAGCUGCAGGAUUCCUGCUCCUCAGAUGCACACAAUUUCAAAGCUGGCAUGGCCAAUUCAGGCCCAGGCCUUUCCUCAUGUUCCUGCCUUUUACCUGAGUGAGUCACAGUCCAGGACUCCCAGGAUGGCCAAGCCAGAGAGAAUUUUUAUAAUCACCUGCCAGCUUUCUGGCUCUCCUGAGAAGGUUGAGGCCCAGUGAAAGGGAGGUGUCACUGCUGGGAGGGACUAGGUUAGGAGGAGAAGUGAAAAGGAGGUAUCUGGAAAGGCCUCCUCUCUGAAAUGGGGAGACUCCUUCUGUCCCCAAGCAGGAUAAGAGUACACUAGCAGGCGGUCCCUUCCUCCACACCCAGGCCAGACACCACAUGUGCCUAGAAUGGAGACGAAGGCCUGACCCUGCAGCCCAGGGUCAUUUCCUGCCCUCUCCAACUUCCCUUUCCCCACCUCCCCCACACCAAGGCAAAAGCAAGGACUCAGACAGAGAUAAAGACUAGGAAACAGAGGAACAGUGGCUCCAGCUAAGUAUGGCAUCAGUACUGGUCUUUCCCACUUAGUCUCCGUUUCAGCCCCUCCCCUGAGGCCCCCGUCUGGUGAAUUAUCCAGACUCUGCACAAGCUGCACUUCCUUUCAAUUCAACAAACACUUCCUGAGCACCCUCCACCAGUAAUCCGGCCGGUGGGCGACAGUGACUCUGUCAGUGAGAGGGAAGGAGGAAACGCCUCAUCCAGCAGCUCCAGGCUGAACAGCAGGAUCUGUUCAUGGCUGCGGGUGCCUGGCUAAACUGGGGGCAGGAUGGCCGUAGGAACCCAGGAACUCAGGGGACCCACCCCACCUUGUACUCCUCUGUUUUCAUAUGACAAGUGCCCUUUGCUCCCAAGCCCUUGCCUGGGUCUCGCCAUGCCGCCCCUUCUGCCUACCUCCUCUCUGCAAGCUCUCCUCUGAGGCUCUAGGGAGAGUGCAGAUCAUACAUAGGCUGACCCCAUGGUUCCACGGGAGGCUUGAACUGUGGGCUUCAUUUGAGCUUCCUCACUGGCUCCUGGCCCUGCCCCGUCCCCCUAAUCAGGCAUCUCUUCAGCAGACUGUUUAAAAAAGUCUUCUCGUGCUUUCAUGUGGAGUUGUUCAGAUUCAAAUGUAGUAGGUCAGGAGGGCCUGAAAGCUUGCGUUUCUGGUAGGUCCAGGUGAGGGUGGGUUCCUGGACUGACCCUUUGAGUGGUUGGGAUCUAGACUAGAGUGUGUGGGGGGCCGGGGCUGAAGGCAGGCCCUUGACUCUAAGCCCCAGUUGCUGGCUAUGACAGCGGCUGGGGGAUAGGGUGGGACUUCCUGACUUCACAGUCAGGUGGGAAGAUGCUUCUGAGAACAGUGAGUGGUGGAGCCAAUUCCCCAUAGCGCACCAAGAGGAAGCUGGCCAGGGAUGCAGCAGGGAUUCCAUGGAACAGGUUCAGGAACAGCUCUUACUUCAGGUGUCUCCAUAUAUGAUUGGGAUCAAGAAUUUGAAUUCUGCGCUGGGGGUAGACCCCAUGCUCAGCUUGUGUAAAGGCCCAGAGUACAAUCCCCAGAAUGAGAGAAAUGAGAGAGAGAGAGAGAGAGAGAGACUCACAAUCUGUUUCUAAUCCCCCAAUGCUGCCAAAGUACAGAUGUGCCUUCCAUUAAGUGAUGUAGGCUGAGGCAUGUUUAACCUUGGGAUGAAGAUGUAGAGUUGGGCAGAGGUCUGGUUCAGCUCUUAUAAAGGGAUCUAAGCAGGAGGGAGAGCUGGACAGAAGGGCUGUGAGGACAUGGUGCUUCCCUGUGUGGGUAGCAUCCAAAAGGCUCUUGGGAGGAAGGUUAGUCUAGAGGUUGGAGAGAAUGGAGUAUGUUCAUGGCAGGCAAAUAACAAUGAGCUUUUCCAGAGAAAGGACAACUCUUCUCUGACAUAAGGGAAGUCACGGCUAUGGUGGCCAUCCCUCCUGCUCUAGCUUUGGAGCAGAAGCAAACUAUAGCUGGCACCCCACCACAGACCACGGGGCCACGAGAACUAGUUCUAUCUCUUCCUGUCUCCUUUGUCAAAAGGCUUCGUUGAUUGCCUCCCCGUUGGAAGGUCUUCAUUAAACAUAGCUAUCAGGGACCCAGAUCCAUGGCUGGAGCAGAUGAGAAAGGCGAGCACACAGGAAUAGGUAGGAGCUGGCAGGGAGAGGACAGGCAUCUUACCGAAGGUCUUGAAAUAAGGAGGGCAGAAGAGGCAGAAGCCUCUAUCCCAGGCCCUUCUUACCUUGGCAGAAGGGAAAAGCAGAUCAAGCUUCAACAAAGGCAGGAGUUUUGAUGACACGCCACAUGGUAGAACGGAACAAGCUAGGCCUUGGAAUCUGAGACUAAAUCUGAGCCCUAGGCCUGCCAUCUAUCAGCUGGGUGACUUUGGCCAACUUUAACCUCUGAGCCUCAGUCUCCUUAUGUGCAAAAUUAGGCUAGUAAUACCUCCCUUAGAGUAUGUAAGAUAUACCUCACACACAGUAGACACUCUGCACAGAAGGCACUUGGUGGAUAUAUUAAAUAAAUGAAGUGGCUGUUUGAUGUGAUCUGUGUCUGCUUUGUUUUCUAAGCUUCUUUUGCCUUCAUCUUCAUGAGGGUUCAAUGCUCUCUCAAGGAAAGGAGGGAUGAUUUGUAGUACUCAUCCAUACUCUAGGACAGUUAGCUUCUUUUAAUCCCCCUGGGUGGUCUAGUAGAGUUGAAAGCUUCACAAAAUGUGCCUGUUUUUAUAGGGAGUGUUCUCUGCCUUUACCCACUGGCUCAGUCAAUUUUCUGCAAGCUGGGUCUCAAACUCAGAUGGUUCCUCUUUUCUUUGGUUUAUCUCAGGAGCAAUCUCACAAAUUCACCCCAUAGUUUUUGUUUCUUUUUUCUCUUUGCUGGUACUAGGUUUUGAACUCAGGGCUUUCUAGGCAGAUGUUCUACCACCUGAGCCACGCCUACAGACCAACAGUUUUUAUUUCUUUAAUAUUUUCCCCAGAAACCAACCCUGUGUGGCGUGUGUGCUCAGAGUUAACUUCUGCCACCUGAGCAGGCAACCUGACUGCAUUUUCUUAUGGUCAAGGGACGGGCAGCUGGAGAUCCUGGAAGCAGGGGUCCACACUUCUAACAAGGUGCAAGUUUGGAAGGUCUGACCACUAGUCAACUCCAGCCCUGACCCUGGCCUCCGGGGCAGGAACAACAGGAAGAGAUGGUACUAGUCCCUAAAAAGCACCAAGAAUAUGGCAAAAUCUCUAUGGCCAUAUGUACUUCCUUUGGGGAUUAACAAGGAGAGGGUGUUUAGAGAAUAGGAAAAACUAAAGAUGCCAUUUCUCUUCUGUCUCUUAUGUCAUUUAUCAGUGUCCACAGACCCCACCAUCACCUCCUUCUGAGCUGGGUUUAUCAGGGCUCAUGAGGACGGGCUGACAGGUUGACCACUACAUCCUUGCAGAGGGAGAGCUAAGGACUGGGGAAGGCAGUGAGAGGAGCCAGCAGAACGCUUGGCAUGGAGGCUGCUUUCUCUCAACAAGUCUGCUAGGCCUACGUCACAGCCCUCAUUAAGCAGCAUCCACUUGACGCCGGGGGAAUGAAAUAGCACAGACCUGGCACCAGAAAGAACAAAUGUGAUACCCACUGCUCCUUUUAAGGACUGGCUUGAGAAGCAGCAGGCCCCAGGGCAGGAGGUGAAACAAACACACCAGUACCUUUGAAGGAGAGGGAGGGGGGACUCUCAGGCCUGCCUCCUUCUUAACAAGCUCUCCAGGGCAAGUUCUCCUGAAACUGUCAAAAAUAUUGGACAAUGUAGGCUUUUUCCCUUCUUUUACAAUCUCUGGGGACAUAGUGUUUUCUCUUCCCCUAGCAGGGCAGCUGGCUUCAAUGAAGCAAAAGGGGUCAAAAGUCACCUUGAUAACCAGCUGUCAAAACAGAAAUAUCCUAACCCUAAGUUAGAAAAUCAGAGGGAAAAAGGCUGGGCUGGUGGUUCCCGACUUCAGCACACAGCAGAAUCACCUGGAAGGCUGGCUCAACAGGGCCCGACUCCACUUCCCUCCAAGCUCGCGCAGUUGAUCUGGGAUGGUUAAGGUCACAGUUCCCAGUUGAUGCUGUUGGUCUGGAAGCAGUGUCUUGUUCACUACCUGCUCCUUCACGUUUCUUUCCCUGCAUCAUUUUUCCCCAAAAGGACAGAUAUUAUUCUGAACAUCUCCAAGCCCUUUCACAUUUAUUACCUCUAUUUGCUCUCAUGAAGACCCAUUUGGGUGGCAGGAGAGAGAGGGAGAGAGAGGUCAAAUUCCUAACCAAUGCCACUGUUGAGUCUCCAGGUUUCCUCUCUUCUGGUUCAGGGACCCUUUCUGAGAAGACACUGCAUCCCUACUCAGGUCCUAGUGAUGCUCAGUGGCCUACAGCUAAGUAACUGGUUGCCGUUACUCAACACUGCCCAGGCUGCCAGCAGGGAGCUGAGGGGACAGAUGGUCUCCAGAACUGACACAAAUUAGGGGACACCUUCACUAAGACAGUGAGCUUUAGGGAUGGUGGAGUGGCUCAAGUGGUAGAACACCUGCCUAACAAGAGUGAGCCCUGAGUUCA